GAACUGACGUUCCGCAGAACCGGGGACACUUGACGCUGUGACACCGACGCCGGGCAUGGACCCCUUAUGCAAACUGUCUACUGUUUGAUAACGUGUUGUGUGAGGCCCCUCUCAGGGUGAGGAGGAAGACAAGAUGGCCGCCGUGCGGGUGCCCCUGGUGCUACUUGCGUGUGGCUCCUUCAACCCCAUCACCAACCAGCACAUGAGGCUGUUUGAGCUGGCCAGGGACCACCUGCACGGCACAGGCCAGUACAAGGUGGUGGGUGGGAUCGUGUCCCCAGUAAGUGACGGCUACAGCAAGCAGGGGCUGGUAUUGGCGAAGCACCGCGUUGCCAUGGCGAAGCUGGCACUGCAGAGCUCUGAUUGGGUGUCUGUGGACGACUGGGAAAGCCAGCAGCCUGAUUGGACGGAGACAGUGGUCACCUUGAGGUACCACUAUGGGAGGAUUCUGAAGCAGUACCAACAGAACUUGGAGGACAGAGACAGCAUGUCCUCUCAACCCCCCAACCCCGCAGCCCCCCAGCUGAAGCUGCUGUGCGGCGCUGACUUCCUGGACUCGUUCAGCGUGCCGGGCCUGUGGCUGGAGGCCCACGUGGAGGAGCUGGUGGAACGCUUCGGCCUGGUGUGCGUGAGCCGGGGCGCCCUGCAGCCGGAGUGGGCCGUGCACCGGUCCGACACGCUGUCCCGACACCGGCAGAACAUCUUCCUGGUCCGGGAGUGGAUCCGGAACGAGAUCAGCGCCACCGAGGUGCGGCGGGGCCUGCGGCGUGGGCAGAGCGUGCGCUACCUGGUCCCUGACAGCGUCCUGGAGUACGUCCAGCAGCACCACCUCUACACACACGACAGUGAGACGCUCAACCAGGGAGCCCCACUCAGACCCCUCACCAAGCAGGGAGCCCCACUCUGGAAAUACUCUUACCCUAAUCCAACAUUUACCUUACACACAAACCUCAGCGCACGGUCAUUAUGUGAGAGGGCCUUUAUUCCUGUUACACGGAGCGCGAGGGGGAUUGUGGCGCUCACGGGGGGAGAGAAAGGGUGGUCUAAACCUGCGCACUCAGAACAACAUGACAACGUAACGAGUAAUCCGAUUAAAGUGAUCCUGGUUAAAAUUGGUGGUAUUGAAAGCGAUCCCUCAUUCGGACGCAAACACCCUGCGAUAUCGUUCCCUUUUUAUUGCCUGGAAGGAAACUUGAAAACUGCCAAGAUGCCAGUUGACCUGAAUGGAUACUGGAAAAUGAUCUCCAACGACAACUUCGAAGAGUACUUAAAGGCUCUUGAUGUCAACGUAGCCAUCAGGAAGAUCGCCACUCUGCUCAAGCCUGACAAGGACAUCACCCAGGAUGGAGAUCACAUGAUCAUCAAGACCCUGUCCACCUUCAAGAACUACCACAUGGACUUCUACGUGGGGAAGGAGUUCGAGGAGGACCUGGCCGGCGUGGACGACAGGAAGUGCAUGACCACCAUCACAUGGGAAGGAGACAAGCUGGUGUGUGUCCAGAAGGGGGAGAAGGAGGGGAGAGGCUGGACACACUGGGUGGAGGGAGACCAGCUGUACCUGGAGCUCCGGGCCUGUGGAGCAGUGUGUCUGCAGGUGUUCAAGAAGUCUUAAAGCUCGCCAACAACUCAAUCCAUCUCUUUAUCUAUCCAUCUCUUUAUCUAUCCAUCUCUUUAUCUAUCCAUCUCUUACAUUUAAUAAAACAGAGUGUGACAGCUCC